AUGUAUAUUUCAUCACUAUCAAUAUUCGCCAUUGCUGCAGCAUUUGCGUCUGCUGCUGUGAAUGCUCAACAAGUCUGUAAUGGCCAUGCUGAAUUCUGUGAUAAGCCUUAUAACACAUUGACCUACCUCUUAACUCACAACGCUUACGGUUAUGUGGCCAAUCCAGCAGCUAAUCAAGCUUGCCCUGUAAAUACACAACUCACAGAUGGUGUCAGGGGCCUCAAAUUAUCAGCCAUCAAAUCUUCAAACGCUACUACUGCCGGCUCUACAGCUGACAGCAUCCAACUCUGUCAUACAUCAUGUUCUAUAUUAAACGCAGGUGCUGCUGUGGAUACCCUCAAAGUCAUUGCAGAUUGGGUCAAGAAUAACCCAAAUGAAGUUGUUACUAUCAUGUGGAAUAACCUUGGUGGAUUCAAACCCGACGCAUUUGCUGCCGCUUAUAAUGCCAGUGGUCUGGCUGAAUACGCUCAUGUACAGGAAUAUGGUAACUUUACUUGGCCAACAUUAGCUCAAAUGAUUGCCAGUGGAAAACGAGUUGUCAACUUUAUGGAUGAAGGAACUGAUACCACUGCAUUACCAUGGCUUCUCCCCGAAUGGAGUUUUGUCUUUGAAACACCCUAUGAUAAUCACAACGAAUCAGCAUUUAGUUGCGUUAUUGACAGACCUGCUCAACCUGAUAAUCCAACACAAGCCAUGUAUGUGAUGAACCAUUUCUUGUACGGCACAUUGACAUUGGGCACCACCAUGAUUGAGAUCCCACAAAAAGGAACAUCCAAUGUUACCAACAGUGAAACAUCCCUUUUGAAGCAAGCUCAAACAUGUACACAGACUUUUGGUCGUCAACCCAACUUUUUAGAGAUUGAUUUUUACAACAAGGGAAACGCUCUCAAGAUUGCAGCACAAUUGAACAAUGUCACUUACACAGCUCCAUCUCAAUUACAAUGUGAUAUCUAUGAAGCAAAUGCUGCUAGCUCACAAAGCGGAAGUAGCUCAUCUGAGGCCAACAACCAACAUGUUAUCAUGUAUGGAACCACCAUGUUGUUGUGUCUAGUGGCAACUGCUUUCUCUACCUUUCUUUAG